CUGUUGAGAGCCUUUAAUUUCAUUGACUCCUUCACUUCCGAAAUUCGGUUACACGCUUUUCCACCAUUUCUAACUCUCUCUCACACUCACACACCAACAUCAUCAUCAUCAACAACAAUGGAGAUCCGCGAAUCGAUCAGCAACCAAACCGACGUAGCUUUAGGAAUCUCGAAGCACCUACUGUUAACCGAAGGCAAGGACUCGAACCUAGUGUUCUCUCCUCUCUCGAUCCACGUCGUGCUGAGCUUAAUCGCUGCUGGGUCAAAGGGUUCCACGCUCGAUCAAUUCCUCUCUUUCCUCAAAUCCAAGUCCGUCGACCACAUCAACUCCUUCGCUUCUCAGUACGUUGCUGUGGUUUUCGCUGAUGCAAGUCCCUCUGGUGGGCCUCGCUUGUCUUUCGCCAAUGGGGUUUGGCUCGACAAGUCUCUCUCUCUCAAGCCUUCUUUCAAACAGGUUGUGGACACUAACUAUAAGGCCGCUUUGGACCAAGUUGAUUUUCAAACCAAGGCUGCUGAAGUGACAAGCACAGUGAAUUCAUGGGCUGAAAAGGAGACUAGUGGCCUCAUUAAAGAAGUGCUUCCUUCUGGGUCAGUUGACAGCACAACCAGACUAAUCUUUGCUAAUGCGCUAUACUUCAAAGGAGCUUGGGAUGAGAAGUUUGAUGCAUCGGCAACAAAAGAAUCUGAUUUCCACCUUCUUAAUGGGAGCUCAGUUCAGGUUCCCUUCAUGACUAGCAAGAAGAAGCAGUUUGUUGGUGCCUAUGAUGGUUUCAAAGUCCUUGGACUUCCUUAUAAACAAGGUGAGGAUAAGCGCAGAUUUUCCAUGUAUUUCUUUCUUCCAGACGCAAAAGAUGGGUUGCCAGCUAUGGUAGAGAAAGUUGGUUCUGAGUCUAGGUUCUUGGAUCGCCAUCUUCCAGAACAAAAGGCAGGAGUGGGUGACUUCAGGAUCCCAAAGUUUAAGAUAUCUUUUGGGUUUGAAGCUUCCAAACUUCUGAAGGAACUAGGACUGGUGUUGCCUUUCUCUGGUGAAGCAGAUUUGACAGAAAUGGUUGACUCACUUGUGGGUCAGAACCUAUAUGUUUCAAGCAUAUUCCAUAAAUCCUUCAUAGAGGUUAAUGAAGAAGGCACAGAAGCUGCAGCUGCUUCUGCCGCUGUCAUAGCAUUGAGAGGCUUCUCACCCCCUAAGAUGGACUUUGUGGCUGACCACCCAUUUUUGUUCCUGAUCAGAGAAGACUUGACUGGAACAGUGCUGUUCAUUGGACAUGUGCUCAAUCCUCUUGAAACUGAAUGAAUCCGCCAUGCCGGAGAAGACAUGUAAGUCGAUGAAACCUAACAAACACGUGACCGUCAUAAUUAAUAAUUGUAUGGUUAAUCUGCUGUAGUUCUCUAUUAUCAUCAGAUGUAUUGCUGCUUCUCUUCUUCUCUCUCUCUCUCUCUCUCUUUUUUUUUUUUUUUUUUUGGGUUCUUUUUCUUCUCUGUUUAUUGGCUUGUGAGUGAAAUGUAAGCUACUAAGCUGUAUGGUUAUGAAAGCUACUAAGCUCUAUGUUAAAGGUCUGGAAAUUACAAUUCUGAAUCAGAUUAAAAUGA